AUGGCGCAGCAAUACAAGCUUCCGUUCGAGCUUGACAACCCCAAACUCCUCCAGUUUGAUUCCUUUGUUGGUGGUGCUUGGGUCACAGCAAAGAGUGGCAAACGCUUUGAAGUUGUUGACCCCGGUUCCGAUCUUCCCUGGGCAAGCUGUCCUGCAAACGCCGCUGAGGAUGUCGAUCCCACUGUGCAAAUUGCCCACGAUUCCUUUGAGAAGUUCAAGAAGACAACCCCGCGCCAGCGCGCACAAUGGCUCAUGAAAUGGGAUACCCUUAUCCGCGAAGCUAGGAGCGAUCUGGCCAAGAUCCUGACCCAUGAGACCGGAAAACCGAUCGCUGAAUCUUACGGAGAGAUCGACUAUGCCGUCGGUUUCACCUGGUGGUUUGCAGGAGAGGCAGAACGCAUUCAGGGUACUAUCUCUGUGCCUUCCACUCCCAACCGACGGGUCUUCACCGUGAAGCAGCCUAUUGGCGUCGUAGCUGCUCUCGUUCCCUGGAACUUUCCUAUUGCCAUGGUUCUGCGUAAGGCUGCUGCCGCCUUCGCAGCUGGUUGCACCAUGGUUCUCAAGCCUAGUCCUGAGACACCCCUGACAGCGCUGGUGCUCGCAGACCUCGCGCAGAAGGCAGGGUUUCCUGCAGGUGUAUUCAAUGUGCUCACCACAGAUAUGGAGAACACGCCUCCUCUCAGCGAGGCUCUUUGUAAGCACCCACUGGUGAAGAAGGUUACCUUUACAGGCUCAACACGGAUUGGACAGUUGGUCGCUGCGCACUGCGCGCACGGGCUGAAGAAAGUGACCCUGGAACUGGGUGGAAAUUGCCCCUUCCUUGUGUUCGAUGAUGCGAACCUGGACCAGGCCGUGGAUCAAUUGAUGGCGCUCAAGUGGCGCCACGCCGGACAGGCCUGUAUUACCGCUAACCGGGUGUACGUGCAGGCGGGUGUGUAUGAGAAAUUCGCACAGUUGUUUAAGGAGCGCACAGCCAAGUUAGUGGUGGGACAUGGCGCCCAGGAAGGCACCACAAUGGGACCCCUCACGACUCCCCGCAGCAUUGAUAAGGCUAUCGCUCAGGUGGAGGAUGCGCGAAAGCUGGGCGCAGAGGUCAUUCUUGGUGGAAACCGUGUUGAAGGGAAGACUGGAUACUUCUUCCAGCCUACCAUCCUGAAAGAUAUGACCAAGGAGAUGCUGGUGUCUCGCGAAGAAACCUUUGCACCCAUUGCUGCUCUGUACCGGUUUGAGACCGAGGAGGAGGUUGUUCAGUUGGCCAACGACACCAGCAUGGGCCUGGCCAGUUACGCCUUUACGAAGAACAUCGACCGCACCUGGCGAUUACUGGAGAAUCUGGAGGCUGGUAUGAUUGGCUUGAACACUGGUAACUCCUCUGCGGCGGAGUCACCCUUUGGGGGCAUCAAGGAAUCCGGGUACGGCAAGGAGAGCGGCAAGGAUGUGGCCGUGAACGAGUAUCUUAUUACGAAGACGGGAACUUUGACGAUCGAAGGGCAGUACUAA